AUGAAGGGCAAGGAAGCUCGUUACAGAAUCAGUCCCAAUGAGGAAGAAAGACUUCUCAAGGAAGAAACUGAAAAAAGACGCAAGUUACGCUUGAUACAGGUUCGCGAACAGGCGAAACAAAGUGCUAAAUCGAUACGCGAGGAUGUGCGUCGAGAAAAAGAAAAACAAUUAAUGAGAUUGGCUAAAAGCAUUGAAAGUGAUCUGGAGAGACAGAAGCAAGAAAAAGUGUAUGAACUUCAAGAACAGUACGAGAACACCCUUAAAAACAUCGGUCAAGGUCACAAAGACGCUCAGGAACACGAGGACGGCAGUUUUGAACGUCUGAAACGAAAACUUGAGGCUCAAGAAGCUGCCACCAGACGACACAUGAAAGCUUUAGAAAAACUAAAAAAUGAAAAAGUGUUAAAGGCCUUGAAAGAAAAUCAAACC